AUGGCUUACGUAGGCUUACUUGAACUCUGCAUAGCUUUUCUUGUUUUUAUCUUUUUCCAUUUCUUGAUCCACAAGAAACCCCAUCGUAUCUUACCUAGAAACUGGCCAGUUCUUGGGAUGCUUCCUGGUGUUCUCAUCAUGCUUCAUAGGAUUAACGACUAUGUCGCAGAGGUUCUCGAGGUCUCCAGCUUGACUUUUGUAUUCAAAGGCCCGUGGUUCUCUGGCAUGAACAUGUUGAUCACUGCAGAUCCUGCAAACAUUCAACACGUUUUCAGCUCCAACUUCUCCAAUUACGACAAAGGACCAGAGUUCAAAGAGAUGUUCGAUUUUCUAGGAAACGGGAUCUUCACUGCUGACUCAAAACUCUGGGAGGAUAUGAGGAAGUCCUCACUGGUCGUGCUUAGCCAUCAAGGGUUUCAAAGCUUCUCAUUGAGGACCAUCACGCGCAAAAUCAAGUACGGGGUUGUCCCGGUCCUUGAUCAUUUUGCAGAGGAGAAUAAGAUUUUCGAUUUACAAGACGUGUUCCAGAGGCUAGCAUUCGAUGUAACCCUUACUCUAGUAACGGGUUCCGAGUCAAAUUCUCUUUCCAUUGAAAUGCCUAAUAACGAGUAUGCCAAAGCUAUGGAUGAUGCUGAAGAAGUGGUUGUGUAUAGACAUGUCAAGCCUAUGAUCUUGUGGAAGCUGCAAAACUGGAUUGGAGUUGGAGAAGAGAAGAAGAUGAAGGAAGCUAAUGCUGCUUUUGACAGAUCAUGUGCAAAGUAUAUAUCUUCAAAGAGAGAGGAGAUAAUAAGUACUCAUCACUCCAGUAUUGGAGAAGAAGCUCAUGGUGAGGAUUUGUUAAGCGUCUUCAUGAAACUAGACACUUCCAAGUAUGAGCUUUUGAACCCAACAGAUGAUAACUUCCUCAAAGACAUCAUCAAGAGUUUCAUGCUUGCUGGAAGAGACGCCAUUGCAACAAAUCUCACUUGGUUCUUUUGGCUAAUCUCCAAGAACCCUGACGCUCUGACCAAGAUCCGCCAAGAGAUCAACCACACAAGUCUACCAAGAUCAGGGAUGAGUUUAGAUGCGGAUAAGUUAAACAAGAUGGUGUAUUUACAUGGUGCAUUGUGUGAAUCCUUACGCCUCUACGCUCCCAUCCCGUUCGAGCGGAAGUCUCCAAUAAAAGAAGAUGUGCUUCCAAGUGGACACAAAGUCGAUGAAAACUGGAAGAUUCUGUUUUCUGUUUAUGCGUUGGGGAGGAUGAAGGCUGUGUGGGGAAAAGACGCGUCUGAAUUCAAACCUGAGAGAUGGAUCUCUGAGAGACAUGGAGGCAUAAAACAUGAACCUUCUUUUAAGUUCUUCGUGUUUAAUUCUGGUCCAAGAAAUUGCUUGGGGAAAAAUUUGUCUUUCUUGCAGAUGAAGAUAGUGGCUGUUGAAAUCAUAAGAAAUUAUGACAUUAAGGUCGUUGAAGGGCACAAGAUCGAGCCAGCUUCUUCCAUAGUCCUUCACAUGAAACAUGGCCUCAAAGUAACAGUUGCUAAGAGAUGA